AUGGCGACUCUCAGCGAAUCCGAUAUCGAGCGGCUCUUCUCGGGCGCUCCUCAGUACUUUGCCCGAGCCGAAGGCCACAACACCGGUGCACCCCAUCCUUCCGUCGCCUUUCCUUGGGACGAGGAGCUCUCAAUUCGCGAUCUUACCGACCACACUCAGAUCGAAAACCAUGCUUGGAGAUGCGUUACUGCCUGGCCACACAUUACUCGGGGUGCUCGCCGCAACUCCGGUGCUGAUAGGGCGAGGGCCCACUUCUACCCCAGAUGUCGCGAACGGCCUAAUAUGCUGAGCAUGCUGGGACUGGAGAAGGGCACCAUUGGCUACCAGGCAGCUUUGGAAAUGUCCGUUUCUGAUGCUCUGCAGGAGGAACAGUUUGGCUUCGACAGCCUUGGCUGCAAGUCCCACAUUAUUCUCGAGCACCGCCAACACCUUAUAUCCUCCAAGGACGGAUUACGCUUUUUGCGAGAGGAAUUCGUGCUAGAUCAACUUAUGAAGAACGGAAAAAGGUACAACGAGGGCGUCUUGAACCGCGAUAUGUCGAGCGAGCUGUACAACGACUUGUUCCUGCAUAUCCUGCAUCCACCAAACCGCAUCAUCGACCACAGCGAUCCCUAUAGCCUCAUCGUCCAGAUUCAAGCCCUGAUUAAGGUUCUCGCGGCGCCGAAUACCUGGUUCGAUUUUUCGCGACUCGAAUGGCGCAUUAGGCUUGGUCAGGUCCUCUGGGGCACUGUCGACGGCGGUGACGAAAUCAUUGAUGGAGCUUCCAUUGCCGAUGCCGACAGCAUCAGCGAGUGUAUCCAAGAGAGAUUCUGGUUACUGCUUCAGAUUCUUCUGGCGUGUGAGCUUCUGAUACGGUUAGAUGCCAUUACGGCUGGAGAAGAACUGGGCGUGGAGAGCAUCCAUCCCGACGAUAUACGCCGUUUCGAAAGAGAUGCCAACUCAACAGUAAAGUGGUCCCUUAUUCUGGCCCGUGUGUGGCUCGAGAACAUCGAGGUCGUCAAGAAGGAGUCCGAUCUAGCUGUCCCGAAGGACCAUCACGCACCAAUCGGAUGGCUUGCCGCGCUGACCGAGCGUAUGACGCUCCGCAGCCAUCGACGGACGAAGAGCCGCGACGAUGGCAAGCUCACCUCCUACACCGUGAAGGGCAUGCAUGGUGAGAGGCAGAUUGAUGGCUUGACCCACUUCGCACGCAAAUUGCGCUGGCCUGAUAUCGAUGCGUACGAAGCACGAAUCAAGGACAAUGCGCGAACCGUCAACAAUUCCGCGUCCGUCGCCGCAUCCCCGAGGACAUCUGUGAGCGACCUGCCGCGGCCUUCGACAUCCUCUUCAUCACUGCCGAAGACUAAGGGCAAAGGUGUGAAGUUACGGCGCCGAAAGGUCCAGGCCACGCUGAAUCGCGAGGGUUGGCUCUCCAAGUCGUACAUAUCCGGCUUGGUGCUCCCGGGCGAAUGCCUCAACCACUUCCUCAUGGCCACAUUGCUCGAAAACGAUAAGGGCGCGAUGCGGACACUUGGGCCAGUUGCAAAUCUUGCCGGUGGUUUCGUUUACAAUGGAAAGAGUUUCUGGAGCACUGCUUGCAUCGUUGGAAGGGUGCUGGCUGCUGGCAGGGGUUCUGCAGAGUGCAUGGGCUGGAUCUCCAGUGAUAUCAUUCCACGAGGCUUCUCGGAUGGCUGGGUGAACAUUUCGGUGGAUGAGGUUGAAGGAGAAUCUGAGAAGACUGGUCGAAGGGCACGUCUAUGGGAUAAGCUUAGUGUUGAGAAAGACUCUGAUGUGCUGGGCAAUGCUGAUCCAGCCUUUGUCUUCCCAGCUGACUUCGUUAUUCCUGUGGAAGACAACUACAUUGACCCGCCCCCUUCGGUGAGCGUGGAGCUUGAGUCGUUAGACCUGUUCGCUCCUACGGAUUCAGUCGAUUCUUCGCCCUCGCAGACAGAGGAAAGUGGGAGCGAGUUCCCGUUUGAAGUCAUAAAGACCCCAGUUAUCCAUACCUACCCGUCUGCUAUCACGUUUGCGGCUAGGAAUGAGGGAGACGAAGCCUCAACUGAACAUACUUUUGCCCUGUCAAAGGAGGUGUACUUUGUUACUGCUCAUCCCUGUGCGCCGUCGCCUUACGUUAAGUACGUUAAGUCGCCCUCAAGCCCAACGAUCCAACACAUCGAUGUCUCCGGAACUGGCAUGUCGAAUGGCAGGAUUUCGACUACCGCAAGCGUUACAGGGCACCCGCUACACAAAUUCUUCACAUAUACCGUCAUUCACCUCUCGGAUCUUCUCAAGCGACGAACGGAAACCUUAGAAGAUCUCCUCCUCAACACCCCCGCUGCCCGGAAGCCCAGUCUCACACCGGCACAGAACAAACCUCCUGCUGUCCUUAUUAUUGAUUGCGUCACAAACUUCCCCAAGAGACCCUCCACCGAUCCUACUCCAACUUCUCCCCGACCAGCUGCUGCCCGCACCAACGGCGAAUCAACAGGUCCCAGCAUUAACGCCGCUGUAACACCACCCCCUCCAGGAUCCUCACACUCAUCGGCGGGAAGCGUCAGCACAGACUUCACUGGUAGCUGGGAUGCCACGACUAAGAAAAUGUACAUGGAGACGAGGAGGAGGCAGUUUGGCUCGGAUACGGAGAUCCUCGCGAGGGCCAUCUGCGCCGAGAAGGGCUGGAACGCGCUGGUGAGCAGGCGACGAAGAGGCUGUCUGGCGUGUGCGAUUAGGGAGGCGGGUGCUCUAGAUUGGAAGGUUGUGAUUAGGGUCGAUUAA